GAAAAGACGGCGGAGAGGAGUACUGGACGAUAAGUGUAUUCCCCGACUCGGAGUAUAACAGAGCAGCCUUGUUCCAGGUUAAACGGUGCAUCCCUCUUAUCUUCCCUAUUUCUAUACACCCUGAAGAAAUUACCAGGAGAGCUGUCUCUGGCAAGGGAGAAUAAGGCGUAAGGAGAUCCGGGAUGAAAACCGAAGAGACACAGUCUUGUCUUCAACAGGCUCCUUCAACCACGCCCUUUGGCUCGGAUCAUGGUACGGCGGGCGAGGUGUGUGCGGGCUGCGAGUCGCCCAUCGCCGACCGCUUCCUACUGCGCGUCAACGAGCGGUCGUGGCACGAGACGUGUGUGAAGUGUGCCGUGUGUCUGAGCACGCUCAGUGGGACCUGCUACUGCCGUGACCGCCUGCUGUACUGCAAACACGACUACGAAAAGCUAUUCGUGCGGAAGUGCAGCUCUUGCCUGCAGGUGAUCGGCCGGUCGGAGCUCAUCAUGCGCGUGCUGGGCCAGGUGUACCACCUGGGCUGCUUCAGCUGCUGCGAGUGCGAGCGCCGCCUGCAGCGCGGCGACGAGUUCGUCCUCAAGGAGGGCCAGCUGCUCUGCAGGGGCGACUACGAGAAGGAGCGCGAGAUGCUGGCGGCCAUCAGCCCCGCCCCCACCGAGUCAGUGAAGAGCGAGGAUGAGGAUGGAGGGGGCGGCUCUCUGGGGAAGGGCGGCGACGACGCCAAGGAGCACAAGCGCUCCAAGCGGCCGCGGACCAUCCUGACCACGCAGCAGCGCCGUGCCUUUAAGGCCUCCUUCGAAGUGUCGUCCAAGCCCUGCCGCAAAGUCAGGGAGACCCUGGCAGCUGAGACAGGUCUGACUGUGCGGGUCGUGCAGGUGUGGUUCCAGAACCAGAGAGCCAAGAUGAAAAAGAUCGCCAGGCGACAGCAGCAGCAACAGCAGCAGCAGCAGGAGCAAGAGCAGUUGGGGGGGCGGCGGGGGCCGAGUCGCGGGGGCCGGCAGAGCAACGACGACAGCGAAGAUGGUUCCAGCGGUCACGGUCUGGACGGGCUCAUGCCAUACCCCUCAUUGCCACGGCAGCAGCUGCUGGCUCUGGACCCCAACAUAUACGGGGGCGAGCCGUUCCGCCACGGGCUCACGCCGCCGCAGCUUGGCCCCGAGCAGCUGCACUACGACUCGGAGACAGUGUUCCACGACCUUGACAGCGACGGAAGCCUGAGUCACCUUGGCGACUGUCUCCUGGCAACGGCGGAUGGAGGACUUCUGACAGGGAGAGUGGGGAACCCCAUCGAUCGCCUCUACUCCAUGCAGAACUCCUACUUCACCUCCUGACCCCCAGACCCCUGCUCUUUUCCCCUCAACCCCUCCAUAACAAACUGCACCAUCUCUCCAACCUGAGGUGGUGGACAAGCCUCGCACAGGACCCCCCCCCCCCCCACCUUAACGACAGUCCAGAGACUCCCAAAAGAUCACACGCCCCAUUUUAAGUGGUUGGAGAACCUUGUGUCAAUGGACCCAUUGAACAUGUGUCUGUAAAAGACUUCAUGCAAACCCUGCCAUGUAACGUGAAUGUAUCCUGAACCCCAGCUAGCUUGACUUAGCUUUAGCACUGGAAACACCAUUUGAUGAAACCGUAAAUAUAUCUGAAAAAUGUAUUGUCCUGUAGACUGUGAAGAGCAUCCUAACUAAAACACCUUCAUAUUCAUCACUGAGCAUUUCUAACAGAACUGCUCUGCUGGUGUUUCCAAACACCGCUCUUAACCUGAGCCAUCAGUCGUUUCUCAAAUUCCCCUCGUUGACUCCCUUAUGGUGACUGAGAGAUGCAGCACUUCAGACACUCGUACGAAACACGGAUGAACUUGCCGGCCGUUUCGGCCUCCGUCUACAAGGAUCCUCCCUGGCUUUUCCAUGCACAGGACCCUCGGAGCCCACAGGAAAGCAAGCCUUGGUCCUCCAGGCCUGCAGGGUGCGCUAGUAUCUGGUUAUCACACUAUUAUCGAAACAGGAGGCUUCUUUACCACUGGGGUUUCAGGUUUUAAAUCAAGUGCUAAUCCAGCCAAACCCUAGAGAAGUCAAGCACUGCUGAAAUGGAUGUGUUUGCAUUAGAAAUGAAACUCCCGGAUUGGUUUAUGUAAGGCGGCCUUUGGUGGUGACGGGCAUAAUUUCUCCAGCCUGCCCGGUCCCCCAACACACAGCGGAAAUGAUCCCGGCAGACUGAGCAGAAGAUGACUGCGGUGGAUCCAGAGGCAGUACCGUGACCCCAGGAUUUAAUAAUUCACGGUCCACCGAGCCAGGCAUUCCAAGCAGAGCGACGGCAGGCCAAAAGCCGGUUUUUAUAUAUCGGCACUCCCGCCUGGGCGUGUUUGAGAUUCCGUCCCGCCCGAGGACUAUUAAUCUACCUCUGGCCACAUCAGAGCAGACCCUUGUCAGGGGUGGCUGUUCAGAGGGUUCGCGGAUACAGGGAGAGGGGGGGUCAUUUUGAAAUGUCGCGUUGCAUUAUGGGAUGGGCGGGUCAUUUCAGUGGUGGUACUGGUAGCAGGAGAUGAGGUAAAGGUCUCGUGGUUAAUAUCACAUGUGAACGGGUCCGGUUUGGGCUGAGGGUGAACAGCUUCAGUUCUGGUCCGGGUUGGUAUGUUGCAUCCACUCAACCUCAAUACUUAAUUGCUUUAUUUAAGUAGCUAUUUGGAUAGUGAGUAGCCUCUGUGUGGUGUUAGAACUGUGCAUCAGGAACCAAUCAAAAGCACUGGAGUGGUGUAACCCUGUCUUCUGCGGAAAGAUUAUUUCUCGUGCUCAUGAGGGUGAAAACCUGUGCUUGAUUGGGGUUGUUUGUACUCUCGGGGGGGGAGGGGGGGU